UCCAAGUAAACGGUGCCUGUUCUUAUCAUCUUCUGUCUCCCCUAUUCUCCUCUGCCCUACACUGUAUAGGUUUUGGCCGGGUUGCUCUCAUGGAGUCCCAAGCCCAAGAAUAUAACCUGAGGGCAUUGCUCGUUGUGGAUAUCAAAGUGAACCAGAUGAUCCUGUCGGCGAUGCUGCGCAAAUUUCAAGUUGAAACUACUGUCGUUCACAAUGGAAAGGAAGCUGUUCAACUUUUUCUUGAAGGAGAAACAUUUGACAUUGUUUUGUCUGACAAUCUCAUGCCCAUGAUGACUGGUCCUGAGGCAAUAUCCAAGAUCCGUGCCAUGGGAACUACUGAUGUGACGAUUGUUGGAGUCUCAGUUGACACCAACAGCAUGGAAGCGUUCAAGGCUGCAGGUGCUAAUGUGUGUGUCCCCAAGCCCAUGACGCUUGAAAUUCUUGAGGGUAUCCUUCAGGAAGUCAUGAGCAAGAAGAACGUGGCCAGCGCAUAUAGCUAGAUUUGUGAAAUCAGAUGGAAACAAUAGCAAAAACGACUACCUAUCGUCAUUUAGAGUCAUGGUUAUCUUAAGAAUUUAAUUAGGUUCAUGGUUUUAUUAAUGCAUUGUUUGGUGUGAGUUGUAAUCCUUUUGAGUAUGUGGUUGUUGUGUUAAACAUUUUGGUUCAUGUUAAUUAGAUUGAUGCAUGUUUUGAUGGGAGUACUUGUAAU